AAUUCCAAUCCGAUCUUCUUAAAAAGCAUUUUAACCGAGCACUAACGAAAUUCAUUUUCAUCACCGUUCCUCAAUGGAGUAUUACGAAGAAGACGUACCUCAUGUUCUAGCUGUUGAUGAUAAUCUCAUUGAUCGAAAACUGGUUGAACAAUUGCUCAAAAGUUCCUCCUGCAGAGUGACGACGGCAGAGAACGGGAUGAGAGCAUUGGAGUAUUUGGGGUUAAGAGAAAAUCAUCAACAAAGUAAUGCUAACAGCAAUGGCUCAAAAGUAAAUAUGAUAAUCACCGAUUAUUGCAUGCCAGGAAUGACGGGGUACGAGCUGCUUCAAAAAAUAAAGGAAUCAUCGAUCUUGAAAGAAGUUCCUGUCAUCAUAAUGUCAUCGGAAAAUAUUCCAACACGAAUUAACGAAUGUUUAGAGAAAGGGGCGCAAACGUUCAUGUUGAAGCCAUUGAAGUUAUCUGAUGUGAAGAAGUUGAGACAUCAAUUAACAAAAUCCGGAAGUUGAUAAAUGCUCACCGAGUCACACAAGUGAACUAGUGCUAGCAAUUUCCUUUAUGUUUACUAGUGUUCGGUCCGUGUGUUGCACGGAUAUUAAAAAAAUGUAUAUUUUGUUUUAGUUGUUUAUUUUCUAAAGUCUAUUUUAAAUGGACUAUAUUGCAAGUUUAUAUGUAAUAUUUAUAGUGAUGAAAUUGUGAGUUCGAAAUAAU